AAACUUGCAGAGCAUUACAAAAGAACCGCCACGGUGCCAACCUCUGUGUGGUCCAAAAAAUGUGCCGUGAAUAUUCACGAGAUCUACACUCGACUGUCCUUGGUGAAAGAAGAACAAACCCCAGCUGGGUCAUCACGGGCUGGACUGAAUCACUACACUGAUGUGCUCACUGAAAAAAAGAACGGAUUGCCUUCAAACAGGAUCCUCGUGCAAGGGGAGACUGGAAUUGGGAAGAGCACGUUUGUGAAGAAACUGGCUAUGGACUGGGCUGAACUUGACGAAAACAGGUUGACAGAUGAACAGAGAGCUAUCCUGAAGAAGUUCGAGCUAGCUGUUAUUAUUGAUCUCAAAAAGGUAUCUAAAUACCAAAACCUCAGAGAUAUCAUAAGCGCCUCCCAUAUUUUUGCCGAUGAAGACUCAGCCAUGAAGGACGGUCUGCUGAGUUACAUCACCCACAACCAAGACUAAGUUCUUCUCGUUUUUGAUGGAUACGACGAAUAUCGUUUUGGAAGUAACUCUGAAAUCUUUGAAAUAUUUAAAGGAAACAAGCUGAGAAACUGUUAUGUUCUGAUAACAACUCGAAUUUCCAAAGCGGAUGAGCUGAAAGAGUUUAAGGACGUGCAUGCUGAGAUCACUGGGUUCAGUAAAGAGGACAUAUACUCCUUUAUGGUCAGAAUGCUUGGUGACGAAACACAAGCCAACGCAUUACAGGGUCAUCUUUUCAAGCGAAACGUAUACGAUCUGGCGAAAGUUCCGCUACUUCUCCUGUUCUUUUGCACUUUGUGGAAAGAAGGAAGCCCACAGAGCUUUCCUGACUCCAAAACAAAAUUGUACGUUGCAAUUGUCCAGUACGUUUUGGAUCAUAAUGAAUCGAAAUGUUCUCCUGCUAACUUUCGCAAAGUUGAAGAUUUCAAAGAGAUUCUGGCUGAAAUUGGAAAGGUGGCGUUAGAAUUUCUUAUAAAGGACGAUCAUGUAUUUGAGUAUGAUCAACUGUCCCAUGCCAUCCGGAUUUGCGAAGAAAGUCGGAUUAUAGGCUUACUUCAAGUCAGCGAGUACUCAGAGAAUCUUCGACCAGCAGGGAUGGUAUCGUUUAUUCACAAGAGCAUACAAGAGUUCUUAGCAGCGUGGUUUAUUACCUACAGAUGUGUCCCUGAAGGAAAUCUCAGUGAAAUUAAUGACCGCACCCGUACUUUGGACGACUGCAGAUCCUUAGAAAAUGUUUUUCAAUUUGUUUGCGGUUUGUCUGAUGAUGGAGCAGUGAAAGUUUUUGAACAUUUGAAAUCGAUUAGAAUUUCUGACCCAGAACUGGAUUUGUCAAAAACCAUACUGUGUGACAUUACAUGGAAGCGCCAGUGUUUUAUUACUUUAGUUAAUAAUUUAUUUGGUCAAGUUCAAUCCAAAACUGAAUUUCUAAGACAUUAUUUCAGCUGCACUGAUGGCAUUAUCUUUGUUCAGGGAGGAUCAGUUCGUGAAAUUAUACCCGAACGGAGAAAUUUAAAUGGAAUUACUCUUAAUGGUGUGGUUUGGGGUGGAUACAUGAGUUUAGAUUCUGCUAAAUUGAACGAAAUGUACGAGUCGAUCGAGUUUCUCGAUUGUUUGCACGUUCCCCUCAGGAUGACUGAGAAUUCAGGAGAAAUUGGGGAAUUUUUAAGAAAGUUUCAUGCUGUCAAAUGUGCUGCGAGAUUUUUGAAGUGUGGUUUCACUUGCAUUCUUCAUUACCGUAAUGGCCAGGCGUUUUUUUACAUCACUCGUUUGAAUCUGUGUUGUGAUGACCAUGUUGGAGUAUUGUAUGACAUGUGUACGACUUCUACUCCAUCUCACUCAACAAGUUCGUCAACUAAGGAAUUUUGUAUGAAAUUUCUAAGUUUUGUUAACAUUUCUGUACCUGUCAAGGAACAGACAGUGAAAUGUCUUGUUACCAUUUUUAGGGAUUGUAAGAAUUUAAAAAACAUUUCAUUAAGUCAUGUAACUAAAAGCACUUGUGAACUUCUUGAAUAUUUACCAAUUCCCCGUACGUGUGGGGUGAAGUUUUUUGAUUCCACAGCAUUUCCUCUUUUCAGCAAGUCGUUACCGACGUCCGCCGACGUAAUGAAGCUCGCUGGUUUGCUGCCACAGAUCAACAACCUCAUCAGCCUUCACCUUAACUUGAAUGACUGUUGUGCUGAAGCAGUAACCAAACUUGUUUUUAGUAUCACGCACAAGACCCUUCAGACACUGAAACUGCGUGGCAUAGCACUGACUCCAGACUCAGCCGCCGCCCUUGAUCGGUCAGUUUCUGAAAUGUCGUCCCUAUAUGAGCUCUUGAUAAUUGGA